AAAAUUAAAUUCUACCUAGUGAGUCUUCAGUUAUAGUUCUAUAGAUAUGAAAGUGGUAAUAUUUCUUAUAAGCCAAGAUUUUAAUAUAGUUUAUAUUUACUUUUUUCUUCCUGCCUUUUCUUUCCCCCAAGGGAAAAUAGCUGCUUCAGAUCAGAAGCUCAUAUUUUUCUUACUUGAUUGAUUGUAGUAAACUAGCAAAUGAUUUACCUAUAUCUAGGUUCAUCUUACUUUACUCUGUAGUCUGUUCAGUGUAAGUGAAUGUUUCUGGAUUGGAAAUUUUAGAAUUGCCCCUCUGCUCCUUAAAAUUCUUCAGUGACUUCCUUUGGUCUAAAGCUUUAGGGUGGCAUUCAAGACUUUUAUGAUCUGGCCCUCAUCUGCCUUUCAGAUGUAAUCAUGGGCCAGUCCUUCACCCCAAGCUUUAAUCAAAUCUCUAACUCCUUCAAGUUUUGUGAUCUCAGUAUAUGUCAGACUUCUACUUAAAACCUACUUAUCAUUUGUGUUAGGAAAACUGAAGCUCUCCUUUCCCCUGUGACAGUAAUUUUUAGUUAUCCCCAAAUCCCCUGACUAGAUGUGAGUAGCUUGAAGUAGUAGUGAUUUUUAUUUUUAUCUUUUUUUUUUCACUAGGGAUGCCUAACAUUUAAAGUUUGUUGAUAAGGGGUGAUUGUGUAUUUUUGGCAAUUUAUAAACAUUUUGUUUUAUGAAAUAGAAAUUGUCAUAAUUUUACAUAUUUAAAAUUGGGCAGACUCCGAUUCAAAUAAUAAAUAUGUUUUAUAGCCUUCAGUUUGGAAACCUGCAGAAUUAUGAUCGCCAUGUUGGAUAGAGAUUACACAGGGAAAAUGGGAUUUAAUGAAUUCAAAGAACUUUGGGCAGCUCUUAAUGCCUGGAAGCAAAACUUCAUAACUAUUGAUCAAGACCACAGUGGCACAGUGGAACAUCAUGAAUUGAAUCAAGCCAUUGCUGCUAUGGGUUAUAGGUUGAGUCCUCAAACAUUAACUGCUAUUGUUAAACGGUACAGCAAGAAUGGCCGAAUCUUCUUUGAUGAUUAUGUUGCCUGCUGUGUGAAGCUUCGAGCAUUGACAGAUUUCUUUAGGAGAAGAGACCACUUGCAACAAGGGGUUGUGAAUUUUGUAUAUGAUGAUUUUUUGCAGGGUACUAUGGCAAUUUGAAUGUCUAGAAUUUGAAAGCUGAAGAAACACUGUGAAUUUUUUUACCUGGAAGAAAUGAACUGGACUACUUUGAAUUUGAAGCUUUGGGGGCUUUUCUGUGUUUCUCUUUGUUAAACCUGUUCCCUUUCUAUGUGUUUUUACUUUAGUGCAUAGUUCAAAGCAAUAAAAGAAGUGCUUUUGUAUUUGGAAUAUUAAUUGCUUUUAGAAAAGUUAUCACUUAACAGGUAUCUGUAUGGUAUCCUAAAAUAUUGGUAUAUGAUGAAUUGAUAUAAAUACCUUUUAACUUUAAUUUUUAACAUUGUUAACCCAGAAGAAUGUACUUACAAGAGACUAUAUAAGAAGCCAAAUAAUGAAAGUCUAGAUAAAGCUAAUGUAUACUUACCAGAAGGUUACAAAUUAUACUUUGAAAUUUUGUUUGUAGUCAUUGGUUGUGAAAGGGAGCUAGAAGGAGAAGCCUGGAUUUUGUGCCAUAUUUGUAAGAGAGUUUAUUCCUUGAUCACAUAAUUCAAGAACAGAAACUCACUGGUCUUUGUCUAUGAAGAGAGAAAGUUCCUAAAAUUUUAUGUUACAUCACCUUAGGUGCACCAUAAAUUAACCUAUAGAAAUAAGGCUACAGGAGGCAUUUUUUUUCCUUUGUUUUUGUCAGUGCAUAUUUUUUUCAAUAUGCUUUUUUGUCUUCUGUGGAAAAAAAGUUCUUAAUAAACAUCCUUUUGUGACUGUA